AGUGUAGGAUUAGAUUAAAAAAAGCUUUCUUUUCGUUGUCGUGUCGUGGGUGAGAUUACGUUCACGUUUUUCAAUAACAUCAAUUACAAUAUUUUCAUGAAGAUAAUAACAAAUUCAUUCAUUGUUAAAUAUAUUUUGAAAGAAAAUUAUACCUACGAAAGAUAAAUAGACUGUCAUCAUGAGUCGAUUCUUCGCUACCGGUACUGACUCCGAAUCCGAGAGCUGCACUGAUGAGGAGCCGAUCGUCCGCACUCAAGCACCUGUCUAUACGUUCAGUGAUGAUGAAGAAGAAACUAAACGUGUUGUGCGUUCCAUGAAAGAAAAGCGGUAUGAAGAAUUGGAAGGUAUUAUUCACUCUUUACGCAACCACCGCAAAAUCAAGGACUUCACUUCAGCCUUAGCUUCGUUUGAAGAACUGCAAAGAGCUUAUACUCGGGCUGCACCAGUGGUACAAAAAGAAGAGAAUGGAAUUGCUCCCCGCUUUUUUAUUAGGGCACUUGUAGAAUUAGAUGAUUGGGUUGUGGGAGCUUGGGCUGACCGUGAUGGGCGGAAGGCCUUGUCUAAAGGCAAUAGUAAAGCUCUUACCUCCUUGAGACAAAAGCUAAGGAAAUAUACCAAGGACUUUGAAUCUGAAAUUACUAAAUUCCGAGAAGAUCCGGAUCUGCCUGAUGAUGAUGAGGAGCGUAAAGAUACUUCAUCUUCUGAUGAGUCUGAUGAUGAUGAAGACAAAGUUAAGGAAAAGGUUAAAGCUCGUCGAUCACCUGAAAUACCACGACGAGCUCCACCACAAGACGAUGAAUCUUCAGAUUCUAUGGAUUGGGGUUCAAGCUCUUCAGAAUCGAGCUCUAGUUCUGACUAUGAAGAACGUGGCGCAGCUACCAUCCGUGAACGUUUUCUCAAAAGAAAUACAGAAAGAGAUGAGGAUGAGGAACGUGAUAAACGAAGAGCCAAACGGCGUGAAGAGAGACAAGGUAGAGCUGGGAAAACUAGUAAGAAAGAUCAAGCUGAUGAUGGUGGUGAAUGGGAGACUGUUAGAAAGGGUGCCGCAACAUCUGACAAACCCAAAAUGUUUGCUAAGGAUAGCGAUAUUGAUGCUGCUCUCGUAGUAAAGAAACUAGGCGAAAUUAGCGCAGCUCGUGGUCGAAAACGUACUGAUCGUCGUGCACAACUGGAAUUGUUACACGAGCUACGGACUGUUGCUCAACAACAUAAUCUAGGUGAUGCCCUUCAAUUGAAACUCCGCGCUGCCACAGUAGCCGCGCUGUUCGACUACAACCCUAAAGUUUCCGAUGCUAUGAAACCAGAAUACUGGUCAAGGCUUGUAGAAAAUGUUGAUCAGAUGGUCACUAUCCUUUCGAGUCAUGAGGAUAUGCAGCUCAGUGAGGCGAUCACUGAAGAAAACGAACAACUUGUCACUGCGCCUUAUCGCGUUAGGGGUUGUUUGUUAACGGCUUUGGAGCGUCUUGAUGACGAAUUUACGAAGUUAUUAAAAGAGUGUGAUCCCCAUUCUAAUGAAUAUGUAGAGAGACUUAAAGAUGAAGUUCGCGUUUCUACUCUUAUUGACAGAGUUUGUCAAGUGGUAGAACGAGAUGGAACACCCCAAGAAAUAUGCCGUGCUUACUUACGCAAAAUCGAUCACUUGUAUUAUAAGUUCGAUCAACGUUCUGUAAAAAAAGAUUUGCCUCCAGGAGAAGAAACUACUAUUAAAAAAAUGGAACGUCUUUGCAAAUAUAUCUAUGCUCAUGAUGAAACUGAUAGAUUGAGGACUCGUGCUAUACUGUCUCAUAUUUAUCAUCAUGCUUUACAUGACAAUUGGUUCCAAGCUCGCGAUCUCCUUCUUAUGUCGCAUCUUCAAGAAACUGUACAACAUUCUGAUCCAAGUACUCAGAUAUUGUAUAAUCGUACCAUGGCGAAUUUAGGUCUUUGCGCAUUCCGCCGUGGGAAUGUGAAGGAAGCUCAUGGAUGUCUCGCAGAGUUAAUGAUGACAGGAAAGCCCAAAGAAUUACUUGCACAAGGGUUACUACCGCAGCGUCAACAUGAACGGUCCAAGGAACAGGAAAAGAUUGAGAAACAACGUCAAAUGCCCUUCCAUAUGCACAUAAACUUGGAGUUACUUGAAUGUGUGUACUUGGUGUCUGCGAUGCUAAUUGAAAUCCCAUAUAUGGCGGCUCACGAGUUUGAUGCUCGACGUCGUAUGAUUAGUAAGACAUUCUACCAAAAUUUACGUGCUAGUGAAAGACAGGCACUGGUAGGUCCGCCGGAGUCUAUGCGCGAACACGCUGUGGCAGCAGCUAGAGCAAUGCGUCGUGGCGACUGGCGAGCAUGCCUAAACUUUAUUGUUAACGAAAAAAUGAACGCCAAGGUAUGGGACCUCAUGGUUGGUGCGGACAAUGUUCGCGCAAUGCUCGGUCGGCUGAUACGUGAGGAGUCGUUACGCACUUAUUUGUUCACGUAUGCACACGUGUACGCUUCUCUAUCGCUCCGAUCACUCGCCGAUAUGUUCGAAUUGCCUCGUCAACGUGUACACUCGCUCGUGUCCAAAAUGAUCAUCAAUGAGGAGCUUCUGGCUUCACUGGAUGAUCCGAGCGAAUGCGCGAUACUACACCGAUCUGAACCAACUAGAAUGCAAGCACUGGCACUGCAACUUGCUGAUAAGGUUGGCAAUUUAGUGGAUUCAAACGAGCGGAUAUUUGAGAAGCAGGGCUCGUUCUUCCAACGUGGAGGCGCUGGUCGCGGCGAGGGUCGACAGCGCGAGCGGCCGCGGGAAGGCUGGAACCGGCGCACGCGCAACCGCCGCCGCGACGACGAGCGCGGACAUGACGAUUAAACACAACGUUGCAAUUCACAGCGCAAAUUAAUUUAACAGGAAUACAGUUCAUGUAAUACUUUUGCAUACCUACCUACAUAAAAUCAAUAACAAGUAUCAAUAUAUACUUAUGUAGUAAUCCAAUGUUUUCGUUUAUUAUUUAAUAAUUCAACAGUCUUUUUUUAUCACAUAGACACAAGUGUAAAAAUAUUACCUAUUCAAUAUUGUAAUAUUUGUUAUUUUCAUUAACUCGGUAUAAUAAACAAAAUUUUAUCACA